AACUACUAAAGGUGGAGCGGCAACAUGGCGACGCCGGGGGCUGGCGACUCUGUGGAUGAUGCUAAGAGUGGAAAGGCCCCGUUCGCUCAGCGCAUCGACCCGACUCGAGAGAAACUGACUCCAGCGCAACUGCAAUUCAUGCGGCAGGUGCAACUGGCCCAGUGGCAGAAGACGCUGCCACAGCGCCGGACCCGGAACAUCGUGACCGGCCUAGGCAUCGGGGCCCUGGUAUUAGCUAUUUAUGGUUACACCUUCUACUCGGUGUCCCAGGAGCGUUUCCUAGAUGAGCUAGAAGAUGAGGCCAAAGCCGCCCGAGCCCGAGCUCUGGCAAGGGCAUCAGGACCCUAAUCUGGAUGAGCAUUGCACAACGCCACCCUGCUAGAGCUUCGUAUAGUAGUUGAUGCCCCACGACCCUGUAGAAAUUGAAGCCUGCUCAGAGCAUCGUUGGCCUUCACAUUAACCUUGGACGAUGACUGAGCCAGAGAAGCCUGGAAGUUACAUAUUUGGCCCCUGUCAAGUGAACAUUGCCCACACUUUGACAGUGACUGAUCUCUUCUUGUAGUUAGUUUCCUUUGAGGGGAUCUACAUACAGCCUUGGUUUUGCCCAGUUUCUGACUUUGUAGUUUAUCACCUUCACCUUCCAGGGUCACAACUGUUAAUGGGGAUAGGUGUAGCAACUCUGUGCAGUGUUGGAGCCUGAAGUGGGAAAGAUAGGGUCAAGUUGAGAAUAAUAAACUGAGUCAUCUCUCCUGGAGCCAAGCAAGUGUGUGAGGGCUGAGAGACUACAUGGUACUUUAUGCUGGAAAGCUCCAUGGGCAGUAGCUGUGGCAUUGCCCCAGGGAGCUGUAAAUGUUUAACUAGAAUUACUUUUUCCAUGAGAUCUUUCCACCUGAUUUAAGGGAGUGCUCACUGGGCUGUUUGGGAUGGAACCACAUCUUGGGGAAGCAAGGUCACUUUUCUGUCCUUUACCCUCAAGAACAUUAACUCUACUGCCUUUUUUUGUCCCUAGAGAGAGAAGUAGAUGAUUGAUGAAAGACACAAAGCCUUCAUUCUUUUAACUUACACUGGUGCCUGCCUAGGGUGGGGAGGCAGAUCUCUGGAGGGGAUCUUAACUUGGUUAAGUGGAUCACUGAUCUUUCAGUUUCCUCAUGAACCAGUGCCAGGAAGCCACAGACCUGGCCAGUUUACUCCCCUUCCUCUCCCAUUGUGAAUGGAGAGUCCCUUUUAAAUCCUCCCCUCCCUCACCCCAUAAGGCUUUCCCCCCAGGUUCCUAAAGUGCAACAAAUACAGAUUCACAGAGUCCUUGUA